ACACCUCACCUACUUCCACUACUCCGUGUACACUUACAUUUCACCCUAUGCUUAUCACAAGAACAUCCCUCGCAAACGCCGUGGCCAACGGCCAGAGGCUCUACGCCAGCUUUAAGCCUGCGCCCAAGCUCAAUGAGUUGGACUUAAACCCGAACGUCAUUGCCGCCGAGUACGCCGUCAGAGGUCCAAUUCCAGCGCGUGCUGAGGAGUUGCGUGCUAUCUUACAGACUAAUCCGUCUUCGUUGCCGUUCAGUACCAUCAUCAACGCCAACAUCGGGAAUCCCCAACAGUUGGACCAACAGCCUCUCACAUGGUACCGCCAGGUGCUCUCGUUGCUCCAAAAUCCGAUGUUGUUAAAGGCCAAGCACAUUUCCGACGUGUACCCUCAGGAUGUGGUCAACCGUGCUGAAGAUCUCCUCUCCUCCAUCGGCUCUGUCGGCGCCUACUCUGGUUCCCAGGGUGUCCAGUUGCUCAGAGAGUCUGUCGCGGAUUUUAUUUUCCGUCGUGAUGGCCACGAGGCCUCGGCCGACGAUAUUUUCCUCACGGGUGGUGCAUCUGCCGCCGUGACUUAUCUCUUGACUGCUAUCUGCUCCGGCCCAGAUUCCGGUGUCUUGAUUCCUAUUCCCCAGUACCCGCUCUACACCGCUACUUUGGCUUUGAACAACGCCACUCCGUUGCCAUACUACUUGGAAGAGUCCAAGGGCUGGUCCACCAACCCAGACGAGAUCAGAGAGGUCAUUGUGUCUGCUAUUUCUCGGGGCAUCAAGCCUAAGGCGCUCGUCGUGAUCAAUCCAGGUAACCCAACCGGUGCCAUCUUGUCCUACGAUAACAUUGCUGACAUCAUCACGGUUGCGGCCGAGUACGGUGUUAUGGUUAUUGCCGAUGAGGUUUACCAAGAGAAUGUUUUCCGUGGCGAGUUCGUCUCCAUGCGUCGUGUUUUCAAAGACUUGCAAGCGGCUGAGCCGGAGUUGUACGCCAACGUGCUGUUGGCCUCAUUGCACUCUACCUCCAAGGGAUUUUCUGGUGAAUGUGGUCAGAGAGGUGGCUACAUGGAGUUAGUCAACUUUUCCGAACCCCUCAAAGCUGCCAUCACCAAGUUAACCUCGAUCAACUUGUGUCCUACCGUAACUGGCCAGGCACUUAUCGAGUUGAUGAUCAAUCCACCUCGUGACGCUGAUGGUGAGUCCACCAAGGUAUACAACCAGGAGCGUGAUGCCAUCAUGGUGCAAUUAAAGAGCCGUUCCCAAGCGUUGUACGACGCUUUCUGUAAGAUGGAAGGCGUUGAGUGUCAGCUUCCAGAAGGUGCUAUGUACUUGUUCCCAAAGAUUACCAUCCCACAAAAGGCUCAAGACAAGGCUAAAGAGUUGAACGUUGCUCCCGACGCGUUCUACUGCGCACAGUUGUUGGAACACACCGGUAUCUGUACCGUUCCGGGCAGUGGGUUCGGCCAGGUUGAGGGUACCUUCCACGUCCGGACCACAUUCUUGGUGCCAGGCACUGAAUGGGUCCAGUUGUGGGAGAACUUCCACAAGCAGUUCAUGGACGAGUUCCGAGGGUGAAUCACCAGUUUGUAAGAAGAAAAAUUGCUUAUGGACUUUUUUGUCGGUAUGGUGGUGUGUAUAUUAAAUAAGAUUUUAAUAUGAAUU